AUGAAAUUCUUACCAGUAGAGCCGAAUUCUAAUAUUUUAGAACUUUUUAUUCUUCCGACUGAUCCAUUUUUAGCACCCGAUUUUGCUAAAAAUGGUCCCUAUUCUCCUGGUGAUCUGUUUCUUGAAGAGCCACCUGGAUCGGGCUAUUACACAAUUCAAGGUCGCAAAGAUGAUAUUUUAGUGCAUGUAACAGGGGAAAAAACGAGUGCUCUGCCAAUGGAACUCGUUAUCCGGCAACACUGUAUCGUCGAGCGUGUUGUUGUGCUUGGUCACAAUCGUUUGUGCUGCGCCGUCCUUAUUCAACUUAAUAUUGAAGAAGCAUCUAAGCACGAACUUUGCGAGAUUGAAAAGCAAGUUUUAACUGCGGUGAACGCAGCCAACAAAGACGCUCCUUCCCAUUCGCAGAUAGUACCAGCUAUGGUGAAAAUUCUUCCGAUGAGUAAACGUUUGCCAAUUACGGCAAAGGGCAACGUCAUUCGAAAAUUGGCUGAUCUAGAAUACAAAGAUAUAAUUGAAAAAAUGUAUGAAGAGUUUCUCAAUAUGUCCAAAACAGACAGCUAUACCGAACGCCCCUGUCAACAACAUUCUUGGACAAGAGACAGAAUUUGUAACUAUCUUCAGUCAACAGUGGCCCACGUUCUCAAUAAGCCAAUCGAGACCUUCGCUGACUACACAAAAUCGCUACACUCCCUCUCACUAGAUUCACUUACUGCCGUACAACUACGUAACACUCUUUGCUUUGAAUUUGGCCAACUUGAGCAAAACAUCAUCUUUGAGUUUCCAUCCAUUGACGUCCUGGCAGAUGAGCUCUUAAGAAUCACGAGCAAACAACAAGCUCGAACUUCAAACGAUCCGCUGCACUAUAAGGAAACAGAAGAAAUCAUCGACAAAUAUAUCGAUUUAAUGAAAGCACAUAAAGAUCAGAUGAUUAUUGCUUCAGAGACAAUCUCGAGUGACUUAGACAGCAACGCGUCAAAAAAACGAGUAGUCUUGAUCACUGGUGCCAAUGGGUCACUUGGUAGUCAUAUAAUGUUGGACUUGAUGAAAAAGCCUCAAGUGAAGCGAGUUUAUUGUCUUUUACGUGGUGAAAAUGCUACGGAUCGACUUCACCGUGCCAUGCAAACACGCAAACAAGACUUAACAGUGUUACUUGACACGAACAGAGUCGUCGUCUUGUCAAUGGAUCUAAAUGAUGAAAAGUUGGGUCAAACAUUAGCCAUGUAUGAACAAUUACAGCGCGAGGUCACUGACGUUAUUCAUUCGGCUUGGAAAAUGGACUUCAAUAUGACUAUCAAAGAUUUUCAUCGAGAGUGCUUGCAAGGUCUCUAUCAUUUGCUCAAACUUGCAUCAAACACUUUAACACAAUCAACAAUGCGUUUUCAUUUUAUCUCGAGUAUUAGCUCUGCGGGCUCUGGUUUGAUUGAAGAAAUUGAAGAAGAACCGCUACCACGUCAAGAAGGUCUUUCUCUUCCUCAAGGAUAUGGCCAAUCAAAGUAUGCUGGUGAACACAUAUGUUGGGCGGCUAUGGAUCUGUGGGGUGAGUUAGAAGCAGAUGUGCAGAGCUGCAUUCCAAAAUAA